AUGGGGAGGGAGGGUGGGGGUGGGCACAAGCCAUGGCGGGGCCACGUUCAAUGGCGGCUUUCCCCCCCCCCCCCCCCCCCCCCGGCUUCCACGGUCCCCACGGCGGCCGAGGCCGAGCUGCUGCUGCUGCAGAAACAAGCGCUGGCCGAGGAGGAGGCGGCCAAAGCCAAGCGGGAGCUGCUCACUCGCUUCCUGCAGGACAAGCUGUCCCACGAGGAGCAGAGCAGCAGGUGGGGUCUGCACAGGGUCCGCACGCUCUGGCGCUCGGCCCAGCGCCAGACCAAGGACCAGGAGCUGCGCCAGGACAUCGAGAUCCUCAGCCAGACCUUCUCACGGGUCAUGGACUGCAAGGAUGGCGUCAUUGAGACGCUGGUCAGAGACCUGAAGGAAGCAGAGGAGCAGGAGAACCGAGCCCUGCGCAGCCACCUGCACCUCACGGACCAGCUGCUGCACCUGCAGCGCUGCCGCCUGGGCUACCUGGAGGAGGGGUUUAAUGCCCAGGUGGACGCCCUGAAGGCCGAGUUUGAGGCUGAGAGAAGGAUCAUUCUGGAGCAGCAGGACUGGGAAAGCUGCUGCCUGCGGGACAUGGCGCUGGCCUCGGAGCAGAAUCACGCCAGGAACGACCACGAGGCCAUGCUGAACUUCCAGAGCGCCCGGGACGACAUCAAAAACCAGUGCUGGCAGGACCAGCAGUACAGCCGGCAGCAGCUCGGGGCCAGGCUGGAGGGGCUGUGGGACCAGAUCCAGAAGGCCCGGAGGAGCUACGCCCAGGCCACGGAGAGGAAGAAGGUGGAGUUUGAGGAGCUGAAGAAGAAGUGUGAGAAGAGUUCCCGUGAGAUUGAUGCACAGACGGAGAAGCUGCAGAAGCUCCAGGACAUGGUUACAAGCACCAAGGGCCAGAUUGCGGCUCACCUGCAGGAGAGCGAGAAGCAGAGGCAGCACUUACGGGAUGACAAGGACCUCGCCCUCCAGAAGCUCCAGAAACUCCGGGCUCAGGUCAGCCAGGCCGGGGCCAGAGCUCACACCCACCUGGUCACCCUCACCUGCCAGUGCAGUGCCACCCUCAAGGCGCUGCAGCAGCUGGUGGAGAAGGCCCAGCGCAUCCUGCGCCUGGCUGAGAUGUGCCGCAGGCUGGAGAAAGAGGAGGAGAAGGUGCUGCCUUUCUACCCCUCCUCACUGGCCGAGUGGGAGCAGCAGAAAGUCCAGAGGGUCCUGGAGGAGAUCCCCAAUGAGCCCCUGGCACAGGCCAUUAUGGACUACGUGGGGCUGGAGAAGUUCUGGCAGCGGUUCAACAAGGCGAAGCUGGAGGAGAAGGCGCUGGAGAAAGCACGGGAAGCCCUGGCAAACAGGAACCAGGACCUGCGUAGGUUGCUCCAGCAGUACCUGGCAGGGGCUGCAACCAACCAGAAGGUGCUCAAAGACCCCUACCCCAUCUUCACCGUCAAGCGAAAGCUGCAUCCCCAAAAAUGAGCCCCACAUUGUGGGGGAGCCACACUCAGGGACAUUGGGCAUGGUGCACCCCAAGGGAGGGGUCAACCGCUGGGACCCCAUUCCUGGCUCCACCAGGGACCUGCUUGGUGUUUGGGGACUCCAGGGACUGUCACUGCUUGGAUAUG